GUCGCCUGACCAAUCCUCGUAAGGAUCCCCUCAGACCGGGCCUGUCACAGCAGCGGGUCGCUUGCGCAGCCGAGAGCCGUUCUUCGGUUGUGUGGAUGAGAGGGAACCAGGCGGUGAAUGGAAACGGACACCUGACUGACUGAGUCUUCGGCCAUGCCCGUCUCCAGCCCCGGGUGAGCCAUGUCCGUAAGCGGUUAUACCGACCUCCGGGAGAAGCUGCAGUCCUUGUCCCGGGAAACCCCGCCACCUUCCGGGAUGAAGAAACGAAAGCAGCCGGCCUCAGACACGGAGGAGGAGGAGGAGGGAGCGCUGUCCGACCAGGAGGAGGAAGAAGCCCGGAAGGUGCGCUCCGGGAUCCGCCAGGUCCGCCUCUUCUCCCCGGAGGAGUGCUCCCUCAUCGAGGCCAAGAUAGACGAAGUGGUGUCCCGGGCCGACAAGGGGCUGUACCGGGAGCACACGGUGGACCGCGCGCCGCUGCGCAACAAGUACUUCUUCGGGGAGGGCUACACGUACGGGGCGCAGCUGCAGAAGCGGGGCCCGGGCCAGGAGCGGCUCUACCCCAAGGGCGAGGUGGACGAGGUCCCGGAGUGGGUGCACGAGCUGGUGAUCCGGCGCCUGGUGGAGAAGCGCGUCAUCCCGGAGGGCUUCGUCAACAGCGCCGUCAUCAACGACUACCAGCCCGGCGGCUGCAUCGUCUCGCACGUGGACCCGAUCCACAUCUUCGAGCGGCCGAUCGUCUCCGUCUCUUUCUUCAGCGACUCCGCGCUCUGCUUCGGCUGCAAGUUCCAGUUCAAGCCGAUCCGGGUGUCCGAGCCCGUGCUCUUCCUGCCGGUCCGCCGGGGCAGCGUCACCGUGCUCAGUGGAUACGCCGCUGACGAGAUCACGCACUGCAUCCGGCCCCAGGACAUCAAGGAGCGCCGCGCUGUCAUCAUACUAAGGAAAACAAGAACAGAAGCUCCGCGUCUGGAAAACAAGACCAUGAGCAGCGGUCAUCACCCGGAGAGGUUAUCUGGUAGUAACAGGCAACAUAUCCUGAAACCAAAGCGGUCCCACCGCAAGGCUGACCCUGACGCAGCUCACCGACCUCGCAUCCUCGAAAUGGAUAAAGAGGAGAACAGAAGGUCUGUGCUUUUACCAAAACCCAGGAGACGAAGCAACUUCAGCUCUGAGAACUAUUGGCGGAGGCCUUAUGAUUAUGUGGACAACUAUACGGAUAUGGGAGAGGACGAGGACAGCCCGGCCCGCAAGGUGAAAAUGAGGCGACACUGAGAGCACUCUUCCAAGGACUCUGCUCCCCGCUCGCUGGAUUGUGGAACUCCUUAUAUAUACUUUUUUUUUUUUUUUUUCCUUACUCCGUUGUUGGAAGCCCCAGUCCCGUUUCUUCUCUAAAUCGAUGCACCACGUUCCGGAUCCGGUCUGCAGCGCUCCCCACAAGGCUGCCCCAGCCCAGCAUUGUCGCUGCGGUGGCAGCCUGCGCUCACUUUGUAGGAGACCUUCACCCAAGUCUUGGUUGACGACGUUCAGUCCUUUUCUUUUUCUUUUUUUCCUGUCCCUAAAUUGAGGAUAAGAGCUACGAGGCGCCAGCCAGUGGGUGCUCCGUCCCCCCGAGGCAGCGGCGGUCGCCACGUCACCCUCUCUUCUCUUACAAAAAAUAAUAAAAAAUUUGUUAGGAACUGUCUUCAGUGUUUUUCA